AAUUUUAUAAAUUUAAAAACCAAAUUACGAGGAAAAAAGUUUCAAAACUUAACUAUGUUAUUACGAAUAGUUUAUCAACUAAAAUAAUUACUUUUCACUAUUAUUAUUGUUACCAAUUGAGUUUAUACUGUAUAGUUGAGAAUACUGCAUGAUUAGGAGUAGGAGGCGAGUAGGCAAGAAAUGAGGAAAUAGGUAAUCGACGUGUUGAUUCUUUACGAAAUGCAACUCCGUAACGACGACAUAUACUCGAUGGCACAAUUCAAUCAUGUCUGAAUCGUCCCCGGGUCAAUGCUUCUCAGGUUUCGCUCCAGAGCAUUACCCAACGACAACUCCUACUCCUUUCAUCUCCUCGCCACUUGCUCUGCUUUUGCUGACACGAACCUGAAUUCGCAGCCUGCUUUACCUCCGCAGAAUCAGCUAUAUACUUUUCUCCAUCAGACUUGCCUGCGACUAUGCAAGACAAGCAAAACCCACAACUUGUUCGACGGAAUACCUCAAAGACUCGCCCAACUUUCAAGAACAUGCAAAGUAAUCCAUGUUCACUGCUUGAAAUAUGGGAUCAGUUCAAGUGGGUUGCUAGGAAAUGCUAUCGUCGAUCUAUACGCCAAAUGUGGCCAUGUGGAUUUUGCCGAGAAAGCCUUUGACAUGCUUGACAAGAAGGAUGUAUUAGCCUGGAACUCGAUUUUAUCUAUGCAUUCAAAGCAUGGAAACUGGGAAAAGGUUGUCAGGUGUUUUGGGGCAUUGCGUGAUUGCGGAGUGUUGCCAAAUGAGUUCACGUUUGCCAUUGCUUUGUCUGCUUGUGCGAGAUUGAUGGAUAUUGAGUUGGGCAAACAAGUCCAUUGCAGUGUCAUAAAGCUGGGGCUUGAACGGAGUUCUUUUUGUGAAGGUGCUCUUAUUGAUACUUACGCCAAGUGUCAUCUUCUGGUAGAUGCUCGCAAAGUGUUUGAUGGGUCAGUGAGCCCAGACACGGUUUCCUGGACAUCGAUGAUUGCGGGAUAUGUUAAAGUUGGUCUAGCCGGAAAAGCACUGAAACUGUUCAAGGAGAUGCAGAAUAUUGGUCUUGUUCCGGACCAGGUCGCUUCUGUGAUGAUCAUAAACACGUUUGUUGGUCUAGGAAGGUUGGAUUACGCGUGUCAAUUGUUUUCUCAGAUUCCUAACCCAAAUGUUGUAGCGUGGAAUGUAAUGAUUUCAGGGCAUGCACAGCAGGGUUAUGAGAUAGAAGCCAUCAAGUUUUUCAAAAACAUGAGAAGUACUGAUAUUAAAUCUACUCGAUCCACAUUAGGGAGUGUCUUGAGUGCCGCUGCCAAUUUAGCAGCCCUUGAUUUUGGCCUGCUGGUUCACGCAGAGGCAAUAAACAAGUUGUAUAUACAAAAUGCGCUUAUAGAUAUGUAUGCUAAAUCUGGGUUUCAGGAAGCAAGACAACAAUUUGAGCUCAUGAGUAAUCGAGAUAACGUUUCCUGGAAUUCAAUAAUUGUCGGAUAUGUGCAGCAAGAGGAUGAAGUUGAGGCUUUUAACUUAUUUCAACGAAUGAUCUUGUCUCGUAUUUUGCGUGAUGAAGCAUGUUUGGCUAGUAUAUUAAGUGCAUGUGCAAAUGUUCAAGGUCUUGAUAAGGGGAAACAGAUUCAUUCUCUCUCAGUCAAAUCUGGUCUAGAAACAAGCCUUUAUGCAGGGAGCUCCCUUGUUGACAUGUAUGUUAAGUGUGGAGCCAUAGGGGAUGCACAUAAAGUUCUAUCUUGCAUGCCAAAGCACAGUGUGGUCUCUAUUAAUACUAUGAUAGCUGGUUAUUCUCAAAACAAUUUAGAGGAAGCAGUAGUUCUGUUUCAAGAGAUGCAAGCAGAGGGUUUGAGACCUUCUGAAAUUACUUUUGCAAGCCUCUUAGAUGGAUGUAAUGGACCUGGCAAACUGAAUUUAGGGAGGCAAAUCCACUGCCUGACACUAAAGAGUGGCCUUUUGGGAGAUGUUGAUUUCUUGGGCAUUUGUCUUAUGAACAUGUACAUGGACUCCCAUAAAAAGACAGAAGCAUGUAGUCUCUUCUCAGAGUUUCCUAAUCCUAAGAGUGUCGUAUUAUGGACAGCUAUCAUUUCAGGGCACACUCAAAAUGAUUGUAAUGAGGAGGCCUUGCAGUUCUAUAGAGAAAUGCAUCGUAACAGUGUAUUCCCUGACCAAGCCACAUUUGUUAGUGUGCUUAGAGCCUAUGCGAUCCUAUCUUCUCUACGAGAAGGUAAAGUAAUUCAUGCUCUCAUUUUCCACACUGGUUAUGACCUGGAUGAGUUAACAAGUAGUGCGCUUGUAGACAUGUAUGCUAAAUGUGGGGACGUGAGAAGUUCUGUACAGGUAUUCAAGGAAAUAAGAUGUAGAAACAGUGUCAUCUCCUGGAACUCUAUGAUUGUUGGACUGGCUAAAAAUGGUUAUGCAGAUGAUGCCCUGAAAAUCUUUGAUGAAAUGAGGCAAACCCAUAUUAGACUUGAUGAUGUCACAUUCCUUGGUGUCCUCACUGCAUGUAGUCAUUCAGGGAAAUUGACUGAAGGUCGCAAGAUCUUUGACAUGAUGGUUAGUCACUAUGGAAUUCAACCCAGGGCAGAUCAUUGUGCCUGUAUGGUUGAUCUUCUUGGCCGAUGGGGUCAUCUUAAAGAAGCACAAGACUUCAUUGAUAAAUUAAACUUUCUCCCAGAUGCUAUGAUUUGGGCUGCAAUGCUCGGUGCUUGCAGAAUGCACGGAGAUGAUAUUAGGGCCCGUCAAGCUGCUGAUAAACUCAUCAAUUUGGAGCCCCAGAAUUCAUCACCCUACGUACUGCUUUCUAAUAUAUAUGCUGCAUCAGGAAACUGGGACGGUGUCAACAUUUUAAGGAAAGAAAUGAGAGAAAGAGGAGUAAAAAAAUUGCCUGGAUGUAGCUGGAUUGAUGUGGGGCAAAAAACAAAUUUGUUUGUUGCAGGAGAUACAUCUCAUCCUGCUAUAGAUGAAAUUGAAGCAGUCUUGAAGGAUUUGACCGCAGAUACGAAAGAAAAAGACUACGUUCCCGACGUCGAUAGGUUCUUUUAUGAUGAUAGAUGAAACAAGGCAUUCUUUGCUUUUUUAUUAUGUAUGAAAACAGUUCUGCAGAUAGGAAGAAUAACUUUGCUAAGAAGUUGGAGAUUUUUUUUUGUUUUCUCUAAAGGAGAUAUGAAAUGAGGAAUUUGCUGUUAGAAAUUUAUAGUAAUACAGUAUAAUUUAAAC